UUCCAGCUGUUCAUUACGCUUUUGUGUUCUUCCACCCCGAAAUGUGCAUGGGCUCCGUUAAGGAUUUCGCCAAAGCUUCGCGUCCGCCACGGUCGCAGAUACAUCACCUCCUUUAUGCUACGAUAGACUCCAUUCUUGCCAACUACCCACGAGAUCAAGCACACAUCGCGGUGACCAGCACGCCGCGUGCCACGCGAAUGUCGUCCGAAAGCUACGCUGAGGUCGAACAUCGUCGCCUGGACUCUACCCAUUACGUACGCUCGGGCUCCGAUCUCCAUAGACCGGCCUCAAGUGGAACUCGCAGCACACAGCCUCGACAAUGUCCUCGCCUCUCCUGGUUGUCAGUCACCGAAGUCGCCACUCCGCAGCCAGUUCAGCGGUGGCAGGCAGCACACAGACAAGAGGCCUCCACUUCAUCAGUGGCCGUGCUGUGCUGACUCCCAGUCAUUUCCGUAUUGGAUCGGCGUCGGUAGUCGCGCGUUGUGCUCGUGGUAACACACUCCCCGCUCGCUGACAUUCCGCCUAGUCGUCUCUUACUAGCGCGAGAGCCAUGUACGACCCGGACUACGACCCGAAAACGGUGAACGGAAUGGUCCCGCAGCCGCCCCCGACCAAGAUGGACUUCACCACGUUCGACUCGCCGCUGGACUUCAAUGCGAGCGGUAUGUCGUUCGAUGACCAGGGCGGUCGGUUCGUGGCGGGUGAGCAGUUCUACAACCACGAGAUGUACGGCAGUCUGCGCAAAGGAGGCGCCGUGGAUUUCCUGUCCAUGGAAUGUCUCGGUCUCGUGGCCGCCACCUUCACGUCCAUGUUGUCGUACCAGGCGCUGCUGGUGUUAGUACAACCCAUGUACAACACCCAGUUGGGCCUCACGUCGUCGGAGAUCAUCGCAGUAGAGCGACUCAUCCAGAUGCCAAUGGCGCUGAGUUUCGUGGUCGGUCUACUGUCCGACUGCUACCCGAUCAUGGGUCUGCGUCGCAAAGGUUACAUGAUCCUGGGCUGCAUCAUCAACGCCGUCGCAGUGUUCGCCAUCGCUGGUGUGAGUGCCUAUCUGGGCAGUGACUCGACUGCAAGUAAUGGGAUCGUGGUGCUGGCUUUGGUGCUUGUAGCACUGGCCAGUAUCGGCUGUAUUAUCACGUACGUUUGUGUGCACACGCGUGUGAUCGAAUACUCUCAACGCGAAUCUCUGCGUGACCGAGGCGCCAUUCAGGUGUCGUAUCUGAUCUUCCGUCGCUUCGUGUCGAUCUUCACGUCGGUGUUGUCGUUCCUGGCAUUGGGAACAGGAUCCGAACCAAACAUUUCGGUGUCUACGGCUAUGAUCGUAUUGGGUGUCAUCUCUAUCCUGCCACUGCCACUCGUGUUCCGCUACUGGAACGAAGAAGUGUACUCGCUCAACACGUCCAUGAAGAUCCGCAGUCAGAUCCUGUGGAAAAUCAUGCAGCAGAAGGCUGUGUGGCGCAUUCUCGCGUUCAUCUGGUUCUUUACACUGUUCUUAGGGAUCAAGUUCGGGGACUCUAUCAGUGUUAUUAGACAGUGGGCGGGUGCUAGUGGAGACAACUCGCUGCUGGUCAAGACAAUCCAGGACUUUGUCAUGAUCGGUAUUAUGCUGCUGUGGCGCUACCUGUUCCUCAACCGUCUGUGGCCAAUCUUCUUCGCGUUGGCGCCGGCUUUCCAGAUCCUGCCCAACCUUUUCGUGUCGCUCAUGGUGGCACUCGAUACUGUACGCGACCGCUACUUCUACCGCGUCUUCUACUCGCUAACGUAUGUGGCAGAUGGCAUUGGCCUCUUGAACACUAUCGUUCCCGUGACGGAAAUUGUGCAGGAGGGAUCGGAAGGUGCGCUCGUGGGUCUCACACUGACACUGCAGCGUUGUGUCAAUAUCUUCGUGGACACCAACGCCUAUGGCGCGUUCCAGGGCUCCAAUUACUUCAGCGCCAGCGAAGUGGCCGCAGACACGUCAGAUGCGCGAUGGGAUGUGCUGUUGUCGCUGUUUCUUAACUUUGCGCUAAAUGCCUUGGCUUGGGUCGGACUCUUCUUCCUACCCUCGCAAAAACUCGAUGCCCAGCAGCUGCGGAUGUACGGAGGGUUUACCAAAGCUGCCAGUGGCGGGAUCCUCGCCGUCUGUCUCGUACUCUUUAUCUACUCGCUGGUAGUGACGUUGAUGUCCCUCAUCCCGUCCACGUCGUGCCUCACUCUCGUUGGUGGCGCUGGCUGCUAAGCAGUAUUUAUGAAAGAUAGGAAUAAUUGCCGUGGCGAAUGUUAGGAGGUCGAAAAACUUUACAAACCUUAAAUGGAUUUUCAGUCAACGCUGUGAUGGAAGAUCGGAAGGUUGUACUAGUAUGGUAAACAUAAAGUCAAUUUGUUGUUGAAGUUACAGUGUCAAGAUCUGCAACUUCGCAGAACGCCUUUGUCCAC